UCAUUAUCAAAUCCUUAUAAAUCCGAACAACCACUAAUUAGUAAUUAGUAAUUAGAGCUCUCCUCAUUUGGAAAACCCAGCCGGCCAUCUACAAAGUCCGCAGGAAGAGCAUUCUCAGCCGUCUACACUACUCCCAUCGGAAGCGUCCAGAUGGCGGCGGAAGGCGGCGACCAGUCAAUCACCCACUCCACAAUCUCCACCAACGGAAUCAACAUGCACGUGGCCUCGAUCGGAGCCGGGCCGGCGACGAUCCUCUUCCUCCAUGGCUUCCCGGAGCUCUGGUACACGUGGCGCCACCAGCUCCUCUCCCUCUCCGCCCUCGGCUACCGCUGCAUCGCCCCGGACCUCCGCGGGUUCGGCGACACCGACGCACCCUCAUCUCCGGCCAAGUACACCGCCUUCCACAUCGUCGGCGACCUCGUCGGCCUCCUCGACGCCCUCAAGAUCGAAAAGGUCUUCUUGGUCGGCCACGAUUGGGGAGCCGCCAUGGCCUGGUACUUUUGCAGGUUCCGACCCGAUCGGGUCACGGCGGUGGUCAACCUCAGCGCCCCGCCAACUCGCCAGUCCCCUGCGCUUAACCUCGUCGACGCCUUUCGAGCUGUCUACGGCGAUGAAUACUACUUCUGCAGGUUUCAGGAAGUGGGGAAAGUAGAAGAGGAGUUUGCUGAGGUGGAGACGGGUAAGCUGAUGGUGAAGCUUUUCACAUUAUUCAGCAAGCCCGACCCGCCGAUGGUGCCGAGAGAAACCCGUUUCCGGGGACUACCCGACCCGCCCAGCUUGCCGUCCUGGCUGUCCGAGGAAGAUGUCGAGUACUACGCUUCCAAGUUCCAGAAAUCCGGCUUCACCGGCGGCCUCAACUACUAUCGAGCCUUCCCCUUGACAGGGGAGCUGAUGGGGCCGUGGGCUGGAGGAGAUUGCAAGUACACAGUGCCGGCCAAGUUCAUUGUCGGAGAUCAGGAUGUAGUUUACGGCAUGGUGGGGAUGAAGGACUACAUUCACAGCGAGGAGUUCAAGAAGGAAGUGCCGCUGCUUGAAGAAGUGGUGGUGAUGGAAGGAGUGCCUCAUUUCCCCAACUUGGUCAAACCGCAGGAGAUCACCCAACACAUCUAUGACUUCAUCAAGCGCUUCUGAAAUGUUUCUUUGCUUCUAUUAACAUGUUUUUAUCAGUUAAGCAUGUUUAAAAUCCAAGGGUAUCCUGUGCUGUUGUUAUCCGUUAAUUUCUAUCAAUUUGGAUCUGUUCUAGCAGUAGCUGGUAGCUUUGUAUCAUCAAACAAUGUUUGGGGGCCAACAAGAGAUCAAAAAUGAAAUGGGCAACUUAGCUGCACUUCCCCACUACAAUUAUCCAUUUGUCUCUAAAUUACAGUU